CACAGACAUGGAGACCAAAGUGAAUAAAAGGGAACAGUGGAUAAAGAAAAGGGAAUAUAUUCUGGCAGCUGCAGGCCAUUUGGUAGGUCUGGGCAAUGUGUGGAGAUUUCCCUACCUCUGCUAUAAGAAUGGAGGAGGUGUCUUCAUGUUGCCUUAUAUCUUCUUUGCUGUGCUGUGUGGUGUGCCACUCUACUUGCUGGAAAAUACGAUCGGUCAGUUUACACAGGAGGGUGCCAUCACCUGCUGGACUAAACUCUGCCCAGUUGCGAAAGGAAUUGGCUAUUCUAUCAUGGUGAUCCAGCUGUAUUCCAGACUCUACAGCAUUGUCCUGGCCUGGGCCCUUCUCUACCUCAUCAACUGUUUCAGGGCCACUCUGCCCUGGGCUACGUGCAACAAUCCCUGGAACACAGACAGAUGUGUGGACCUCACCUCUGUAAACUGGACUUCAGUACACAGUGGCAACCUACCAGUAAAUUGGACAUCUGAUAAUCUCACCAAGUCUUCGGUCUCUGAGUUCUGGGAGAGAGGAGUGUUGUCCAUGUCCGGGGGAAUAGACGAGGUUGGCACAGUGAAAUGGGAGCUGCUGUUGUGUCUCCUGGCCUGCUGGGUGGCCUGUUACUUCUGCAUUUGGAAAGGUGUUCGCUCCACAGGAAAGGUGGUGUAUGUCACAGCAGUGUUCCCCUAUGUAAUGCUGGCCAUCUUGCUGGUCAGGGGGUUGACGCUGCCAGGAGCCUGGCAGGGUGUGGUCUAUUACCUUUAUCCAGAACCUUCUCGUCUGGCAGACCUUCAAGUGUGGAUGGAAGCCUGUGCUCAGGUCCUCUUCUCCUAUGGUGUUGGAGCAGGGACCUUAAUCACCCUGGGCAGCUACAACAAAGUUGAGAACAACUGUUACAGGGACAGUGUGUGGUUGUGUGUGCUCAACAGUUGUACCAGCUUCAUUGCUGGGUUUGCAGUUUUCUCCGCUCUGGGUUUCAUGGCUCAGGCWCAGGGAAUUCCCAUCAACAUGGUUGUCAAAUCAGGACCUGGGCUGGCGUUCAUUGCUUUUCCUCAGGCUGUGGCCAUGAUGCCCCUGCCUCAGUUGUGGGCUGUUUGUUUCUUCAUCAUGCUCAUUAUGUUGGGGCUUGACACAGCGUUUGCAGGUUUGGAAACAAUAACAUCAUCAGUGAUUGACAUGUUCCCAGGAACGAUGCGCAGACCCUGGCGUAGAGAAAUCUUCCUCCUCCUCUUCUGCUCUAUCUGCUUCAUAUUACAAAUCCCUCUCACCACUCAGGGAGGAAUCUAUCUUUUCCAGUUGGUUGAUUACUACGGCGCUAAUGGAGCAUGCAUGUUAUUUGUGUCUAUGAUCCAGUGUGUGGCUGUUGGGUGGGCCUUUGGUGCUGAACGGAUGUGUGAUGCUGUUGAGGAAAUGACAGGACAGAGGCCAUGGUUUCUUUUCAAACUGUGUUGGCGUUACUUUACCCCACUGAUCUGCAUGGUUUGCUUCAUCUGCUCCUUUGUGGACUAUCAGCCCCUGACAAUUGGAGACUAUGUGUAUCCAGACUGGGCCUACUAUCUGGGCUGGGCCAUAGCCUUCUCCUCUAUUAUUGUAAUACCCAUCUGGGCUAUUGGCAAGAUCUGCCUCACCAAGGGCUCCCUCAGACAGCGGCUGUUGGUCCUGUGGCAUCCUGUUAGUGACCCUGUUUGUCACAAGACAACAGAGAUGAAUGAAACAGUGAUGACACCGAUAUCWGCUCCUUUCACUGACAUGUUGAGUAUUUCUUGAAAGGCUGCCAAUACAAAAGCAGUAUGAUGUACUAACAUUGUGCUAUUAUGCAACAUUAUGCAACUAUGAAAAAAAAAAUGUCCAAGCUUUUCUUACACUGCUUGUGUAAGUGAAUACUCUUCUUGUUGUACUUUAUCAUUUACUCAUCUGCUACUUGUUUGUGUUAUGGUAGUUAUACAUGCAAUUUCCAUGACUACCCUGUGGAGUUUUUGUUGUUUCUAAUCUGUAUUUCUCAGAAAAACUCACUGUGUGUACCCUAGAUGCUUAGAAAACAUGCAUAAAAGUUAUUUCCUUCUUCAUGAAACCUUUUGAGUUUGUUUAACCUUGUUUGUAUUGUAAUACCACUUGAGCAAGGCACCGUACCACCCAAUGGCUCACAGGGCGUUUCUGCGGGGCUGCCCAUCACUCUACCAUCUCUCUCCAAAUUUGCAUGUCUUUGAGCCCUUGGUGUGGGAUUGUG